AUGGCUAAUGACUCAGACGGGUCUCGUCUGCUGAAAAGACCAAAAUGCGAUUCGACAGAUGGCCAAGCCUGUGUCGAGCCUAAGAAAGCUCGACUGGAGCACAGCAAAAGUGGCAACUUACCAGCUGUAUUACAGCCAUCUCCUCUAAUGACAGAUGAGGGCAAUGAAUCGAAGAACAGAUCCAUGGGAUGGAACACGCAGUUUGGAGAGACUUCGUUUGGAACACACGCAGAGCCGGUUGUCGACACACCGCCUCUCUCUCCGAAAUCGACGUCCAGGGCUGAUGCUUCUGCUGAUAUCCUUCCCGACCCCUCUGAAAUGGAUAUUCAGGUCCUUUUUGCCACGUUGACCCCGGACACCGAGAGGGAACUGGAAAAUAUCGAAAAUUUAUGGGAACUAUCUGGCCAAGACACUAGCGGGUUUGGAAGCAACUCUUCAAGCAUUGAUUCCUCAAUGUACCAGCUUCCUUGGGGCGUCCCACUCCAAAAGGAACCCUUGGCGACCUUGGAAGAUUUCAAGGAACAGAAAUUCGAUCAAGCUUUCGGCCGUUCCUUGGCCUGUUUACGGGUCCCGUUCGGACUCAAGUACCAGACCUUUGCGUAUGCUGGUAGCGAUGAUGUACACUCUUUCUCCAGCUCCGACGCUGAAGAUGACAUCCCAUCACAAGUCGACUCUGAUUCUUUCAUAAUUAGCAUGAAUGAACGAGAUAUCCAGCAACCUGCCCGCUCUCCAUCACCAGAAUCCUUAAACCAAGACGCCAAGGGCCUUUUCUACGAGGAUACCUUUGGGACCUGA